AUGUUCCAUUCCAGUUUCCCUCUUCUCAGAGAGGACAGCAGAGGCGGAGCUCGAGCUCUCUCGCAGCUCGCGGCCAUGGCCCCCUCCUGCGGCGCCGCCGUGCCGUACACCCUCCUGGGCGCGCUCCUCAGCGGCGGGUCGUACGCCCCGUCCUGGCCGGCGUGCGGCGGCCGCGCCUUCCUCCGCGACUACGCCCGGCGCGGCACCAACGCGAUGCUGUGGCUGGGGCUCCUCGCCGUCACGUGGGUCCUGCUCCGCCGCAUCGCCGCGCUCCUCCGCCUCUGGGCCCUCGGCUCCCGCCUCCCCGGCCCACCCGCGCUCCUCGCCGAUCCCGGCCUCGCCGCCGUCUGCCGCGCCGGCGGCGACAUCACCGGCUAUCUAUCAAAAUUGCAUGGCAGUUUUGGACCAAUUGUUCGAUUGUGGUUAGGACCAUCUCAACUACUUGUGUCAGUUAAAGAUGCUUCCCUAAUCAAAGAGAUGCUAACAAAAGCUGAAGAUAAGUUACCACUGACUGGGAGGACAUAUAAUUUAGCUUGUGGAAGACUUGGCCUAUUCAUUUCCUCAUUCGAAAAGGUCAAAAGUACCAGGGAAUCACUGAACGUAUUCUUGAAUGGAAAACUUAAUGUCGCUGCCAGUAAAAGUUCUUUCAAGAUCAUUGAAGCUGUUCUCCAUAGAACCAACUCUACUAAGGACAUGGAUUCUCUGGACUGCAGAUCUUUUUCCCAACACAUGGCAUUUAACAUCAUUGGUGCAGCUCUUUUUGGUGAUGUCUUGUUUGAUUGGUCUGAUGCUGCAGCAUAUGAGGAGCUUCUGAUGGCUGUUGCAAAGGACGGCUGCUUCUGGGCUUCGUAUGCGGUUCCUCCAUUUUGGAAACCUGGUUAUAGGAGGUACCGGACCCUAUGCACUAAGCUGAAGACCUUAACAGAAAGCAUCAUCAGAAAAUCCAUAGACCAAAAUGGUGAACUUAGACAUAACAAUCUGAGCUCCUGUAAGAUAAGUGAAGGGGUGGUAAAAGAUCCAGUUAGAUGUACUUCUCUGCUAGAUGGGAUGAUAUCAGGUCGUGGUUUCGAUGGGGCUGUGCAAGGGCCUCUCAGUUCAGAAGAAGAAAUAUGUGGAAAUAUUGUGGGUUUGAUGCUGCAUGGAAUUUCCACGUCUGCUAACUUGCUCUGCAACAUUUUGACGAGACUUGUCUUGUUUCCAAAGCUGAAAGACCAGCUGCACGCAGAUAUUGUUGCUGUUCACACUGAAUCAUCUGAGCUGGUGAUGGACGAUGUGCUUAAGAUGCAAUUUGUACUUGCCACUGUUUGUGAAUCUGCUCGCCUUUUGCCUGCUGGACCUCUUCUCCAGCGAUGUUCAAUGCAACACGAUCUGACUCUCAAAUCUAGCAUCACUAUACCAGCUGGAGCGAUAUUGGUUGUUCCUCUGCAUCUCGUGCAGAUGGAUGCUUCUAUAUGGGGAAAUGAUGCUUGCCAGUUCAAUCCUAGUCGUUUUCUCCAGAAGGACAUCGAUCUUGGAGGAAUAUUAGCAGCGCAUAAAGGCUCAAAUGGGAUCAAGCUUUUCACCGAGCGUGAUAAGUCUGACUCAUUUCUUCCAUUUGGUUCUGGGAAUCGAGCAUGUGUUGGGCAGAAGUUUGCAGUUCUUGGGAUCUCUAUGUUGGUUGCCUCUCUUCUCCACAGCUACGAGGUGCAGCCUCAACCAGCUUUAACCAAAGAAAUGGGCUUGGCAGUUGACAGCAGCAACCUUCGCCAUCUUCCCAACCCCAAAAUCAUCCUCACAAAAAGAAAGAUCUGA